UCUCUCUCUCUCUCUCUCUCUCUCUCUCUCUCUGUCUUUGUCUCCUCUCUCUCUCUCAUCUCUCAAUAUAUGGGGUCCUUCUUUGUGCUCUUUGACCAUUACUGACAUUUUCAUAUAUAAAUAUUGCUAUCCUUUGUUCUUUAUAUAUACUUCUUCUAUGUCCACUUUUUUAUUAUAUUUUUUUCAUUCCUUUUUGUUUCUGAUCAACUUUGGUUUCUGACGGUUUAUUCCAAUAUAUUUCCUAACCCUGAUUUUUGUUUAUGUAACCGUAUGAUGAGAAUUUUGAAUCUUAAAGUUGUCUCCGUUUUAGGGUUUUAUGGUGGAAAUCUAUGUUAACGGAUUACUUUAUGUUUACCCUUCUAUAUGUAUAUUGAAAAGGGGCUUUAAUUAGAUAGAACCCCUAAUUUUUAGUUGGUUGGUGGGAUACUGGAAUUUCCAAUUUUGGAACUUUUCAAUCAACAGUAUGCUGUUAAAUCAACCCAUUUUGGUUAUAUCGAGAUCUUGUUGGAAUUAAUUUAUAAUCCUCACUGUUGGGUUUGGAAAGACUUAAUUUAAGUGUAUUUGAUGAGUUUUGUCUUCUUUAGGGCUUAAUUGCGGGGACAGGGCAGUUCUUUAAUUUGUAGGAAUAUCGAAGUGAUGCUAUUUGAAGUUGAAGCACACUGUUUUCUUCCUUCUUGGUGUUAAUUUCUAUGGUGGUUAUGUUUUGAACAUGGGAGUUUCUUGAGCUAACUUGUAAUCUCUGCUUAUUGUGUCACUCUGUAGUUCUAAUGGAUGGUGAUGCUUUGAACAUGCGUAAUUGGGGUUACUAUGAACCAUCUUUGAAAGCGCAUCUUGGACUGCAGCUCAUGUCCACAAUUGGUGAGCGAGAUGUGAAACAUUUUAUGCCUGGACGGGACCCGUCAGCUAUUGUUAACAUGAAUGCCGCAUUUCAUCCACGGGAGUCUGUUGUUUCUGAAGCACCGGUAGCGACGAACUGGGCGAGGGAUGGUUGGAUAAAUCAUAGGGACAAGCUUUUCAAUGUGUUAUCCCCCAAUACUAGUUAUUCUCUGCUUGCAGAGACGUCAGCGGCACAACCUUUGCAAAUUUUACAGCCACUUGACACAUCAAGAGAUGAAAUGGUUCUCAAGAUUGAAGAACCACCUGUGAAGAAGGGAACUAAACAACCAAAGAAACGACAGAAUGGAGGUGCUCCCAAAACUCCGAAACCAAAGAAGCCUCGAAAGCCUAAAAAUAAUGAUCCUUCGGUUCAACAGGUGAAGGCACCAAAAAAGAAGAUGGAGCUUGUUAUAAAUGGGUUUGACAUGGAUAUAUCUAGUAUCCCAAUUCCAGUAUGUUCUUGCACUGGAACUCCUCACCAAUGUUAUAGAUGGGGCUAUGGUGGCUGGCAAUCAGCUUGUUGUACCACAAGUUUAUCUCUACAUCCUUUGCCAAUGAGUGAGAAGCGGCGAGGUGCAAGAAUUGCUGGUCGAAAAAUGAGUCAAGGUGCUUUUAAGAAGGUUUUGGAGAAACUAGCAGCUCAAGGCUAUAACUUUUCUAACCCAAUUGAUUUAAGAAGCCAUUGGGCAAGGCAUGGGACCAAUAAGUUUGUCACAAUCAGGUCCAUUAUUACUAAAGAGACGGACCAGCUUAUUUGUAGACCAAAGAUUAUAUGAAGAGAAUCCUAUCUACCAUCUAA